GCUGUUUAGAUUUUUUCGUUUGAGGAGUCUGGGACGGAGUAAAUCAGUGUAGGGAACGUGAAAUGGAUCGGUUAUCGCAAGUUAGGGCAAUUGCUGGUUUGGGAACGGAUACACAAUUUCAUACUGAAAAUAAUAGCAUUUACACUCCUCCAGAGCACGAGGCUGAUUUUCGUGCGAAAAGUUCCAUCGUAAGCUUUAACCUACCCGUGAGUGAGGUUGAUCAAAAUGCCGCAGAAACAUUAGAUGCAUUUUUUAAUGACGUAGAUGAAUUGAAAGGUGUCAUUGCAGAGAUGGAGAAGCUUACGAUAGAGCUGCAGAAGAAGCAUGCAGUAAACCUCCAAACCAUUGAUCAAAACCAUGCUCGACAGUUUCGGAGCGAAAUUGAGACUCUUUCCGGCCAGUGCAAUGAAAAGGCUAGCUUUGCCAAGGCAGGACUGGACGCCAUGAGCAAGAAAACAGAAAAACUGAAGGAGAGUCCGGAAAUUCUGCAGGCCAACAGUUCGAUUGUGCGUAUUCAAGAUAAUCAGUAUAGAUACCUUUUGGGCAAGCUUAUGCAGGUCAUGGAGAUCUAUCGUAAACUGCAGAUGGCGAACGAGUCGUCUUAUAAAGAUCAUACCAAGCGUCAAAUAAAGAUAAUGUACAAGAACUCAGAGGACAUAGAGAUUGAUGAUGAGACCGCUGAGAGACUCGCACAGCAGGUUCUAGAUAACAAUCUUAAUGAUUACAUCUUUCAGCAAAGCAAAGAUGUGCUUCUUGGGAUUAUAGAAACUAGAAACGACAUCUAUCGCAUCGAACAUUCUAUGCGUGAGCUCAACCGCAUAUUUAAUGACAUGGCAGUAAUGGUUGAAGAGCAAGGUGAGCUAAUGGAUGUGAUCCUUACUAAUGUGAAGAACAGUGCACGGUAUGUAGAGGUCAGUCUCUCAGAGCUUAAAAAAGCGCGGAAGCUCCAGAAAAAGGUCAAGAAAAAAUUCAUCUGUAUAGUAAUUAUUGUCGCCGUUGUUCUCCUCCUGUUCACGUUAAUCAUCAUCGCAAGUACCAUAAGUGUAUAAUCAUAUCAUGAAUGCGUCAAAUCAGCAAAUGAUUGCUUAAAGUGCCAAAGAGGGAACUUUAAACAAUCAUUGGUUUGCAUCUUUAAAGUCGAGCAGACCUAUUGCUUUUUACUGGCACCUUUUAAAAAGGCCUAUACAUAGUCUUUCUUUUCGCUAUGCAUUUGGGGAGAAACGGAUUUGAUGAACGUAUGCUUUCAAGCGUGUGCAAAUUUAAUGAUACCAUGAUGGUGCUUAUAUCUUAGAGUUCCACUGGUUUAGCUUAUAUUUGUCUUUAUUUUCGUUGUUGUUGCAUUAGGGUUCCCAUCAUUUUCAUUAAUCCUCUCUUAACAUGUAAAGUGUAGGGAAACACAUGGCACUUGUAUAUUGUAUGAAACCUAAACAUCCUAUUAUUCCUCAAAAUAAACUCAAAGAGGAUGUGUGCCCGAGUUAUUGAUUAAGAUUGC